UAAGAGUUCUUGUUUGCAUAACUGGGAAAAUGCAAUAUUGGCUAACGAAAGAGGGACACUGCGGGAGGAGCUUUUUGCAAGGUGCUGGAAACCCGUGACGCUGAGAUUAGGAAAAGACAUGACUCAUUGCCAAACUACGUUCUUGUGUAACGUUCGGGACAGUCAAAGUGGAAAAAUGGUCAAACAAAGACCAAUCUGGAACGUUGAUAAAGCGCUGCGGCGCACGUUGCAACACAACACCACGUUUAGAAUAACAAAAUGGACGUUGAGAUGCUACAGACAUGGUGUAUACUGCAUCUCGCUUCCAUGAAAUGUUAUCUCUUCCCUUUACAUUUAUCUAUGUUCGUGAACCUGUCAUCUCUUAUUUUCGCAUACCUUACUUUCAGGUGAUAGUGGAGCAACAUCGGUACGGAAAUGCUAUGAAACGUAAGGGGAAACCGUUAUUAUUGCUACAAGUUCCUACGGUACCCACAUUAGCGACAUCGGCUCACUUGCCUCGGGGCUCUCCCAUAAUCCGAUCAGUGUGAACACGUUCCAGAUACUUAAUUUUCCAACAUGCCUGGAAAGAAAGUGGAUCCACCACAGCCAGCAAGCAAGAAGAAACACACAUACUAUGUGCCAAGCAACAAACCAAUUACCAUUCCACCAACAGCAGACUUUCGUCUGAUGCAUUUGAUGCCUCUGAUAACCGAUCUGCUCUCCAAUGCUGAUGCCACUACAGACGAAUUCCUGAAACCAAACUGCAUCAGGAAACCUUAUCUGAAUGUAGACACGUAUCUGGAAACUCACUUUCGAUUACUCUGGGCCGAUUUUAUUCAGCCACUUCGUGAUACGAUCGGGAAAUUCUGCAAAGGCAACGAACAAGUUCCACCAGACAAGCCAAAUCAGCAAAUUCAUUUCUACCGCAAUGUCAGUUUCAUCGAAAAUUCUUUUCUAUCCAGCCAAAGCGUACCCGAUAAACCUGACGCUUGGCGUCGUUACCAUGUCCGGUUUGAUUCCAUGCCCGGCUUUGACUGGGAGAAGAGCAAACGAUUGAUACAUGGCACUCUGGUCUGCCUUUGGAAUGCCCCCAGUCGACUUAUUAUCCUUGCCACUGUAUCCAACAGCGAUCCUGAAGAACUGGAAAAAGGUUGGCUGAGUAUUAGCAUCUACAAUCCAUCCCACAUUGCUGAUGAUUUUGUCAAAAAGAGUUACACAAUGUUGGAAUGCGAAGUCUUUUACGAACCUUAUCGUGUGGUGAUGGAAGCGUAUCAGCAGCUGAAUGAAGAGUCGUUCCCGUUCAAAGAACAUAUACUGGGCUGGACAAAAGAUCCCGGUGUACCUGCCUAUUUAAUGAAUCCCAGAAGCACGAUAAAGGCAGCACGUUGCGAUUACCAAAUUACGAAGAAGGACGGAACUUGUGUCGUAAUCAGAAAUGUUUUGAACAUUGGCACCUGGCCGACUGCCGUUGAGUUGGGCGUCAAUCCGAUCCAGCGAGUGGCUCUUCACGCUGCCAUGACCCGCCGAUUGGCGCUGAUUCAGGGCCCACCGGGAACGGGCAAGACAUUCAUCGGUCGCAAAAUUAUUGCCACCCUGCUGGACAACAAACACAUGUGGCAUGAUGAUGGCAACUAUGUGGUAGACAAUGCCCGUCUGGUGGCAAAAUUCGAUCGCGCGAAAAUGCACAGAUUUUGGGAGCGUUACGGCGACAUGUGGAGAGACAAACGUAGUCCUAUCGUUGUCAUUUGCCUAACCAAUCAGGCCCUGGAUCAAUUUCUGGAAGGCGUUUUAAAAGUAACUAAAAAACUAAUUAGAAUUGGCAAUCAAUCGCAAUCUCCCCUGCUGGAAGGUUAUAAAAUGUCGGUUCUCAAGGAGACGAUUGCUCAAGACUAUAAAAAAUACGCCGAUUCUGCUUACUGGUAUCACAAGUGUCGUAUGAACGGCCUUAAGAAAUGCAUUCAGGAUACAGUCGACGAAAUUCGAAGCGUGGCGAAGAAACUGAGUAAUUUAAAGAAAUCCAACACUGGCCAACAACACAGUCUUGCGUCCGAGUCGCUGAACUUGCUAAAACUUCACCAAUUGGAGCAAACAUAUCGAGGUCAGAUUCUCGAAUUCAAUGCAAUCAGAGCCGAGUCGGAAGAGGCUUUGUGUCGUUGUGUCGACGUCGUCGGUUUAACCACCACCGGCGCUGCUCGUAGACGUGAUCUUCUCACUCUUUUAAAGCCCAAAAUCGUCUUAGUAGAAGAAGCAGCUCAGGUUUUAGAGCCACAUAUUAUUGCCUCGUUGACAGCCAGUUGUCAGCAUCUCAUCAUGAUUGGCGAUCAUCUGCAAUUGAGACCGCAAUGCAAUGUUCACAAGUUAGCCCAUAAAUUUCACAUGGAUGUGUCGCUAUUUGAGCGCUUAGUUAUGAACAACGUCCCGUCCGUCAUGUUGGCUGUGCAGCACAGGAUGCGCCCUGAAGUGGCCCGUUUAAUCGUUCCUUCCGUUUACAAAAAUCUGGAGAAUCAUGAAAGCGUCCUCAAACAUCCUGCCGUACCUUCUAUGACUCGUAGCGUCUUCUUCCUCGAUCACGAUCAUCCCGAAGCUCGUGAGGAAGGUGGUAGCAGUUUUUAUAAUAGCCACGAAGCCGCCAUGACUCUUCGUUUGGCCCAUUUCCUAUGCGACCAAGGUAUUCAGCAAGAAAAGAUCACGGUGUUGGUGACCUACGCUGCCCAAAUGCGAAGUUUACAGGCCCAUAGAAAAGAGCAAUACAAAUUGCGAUCGCUUGAUCGGAUCCACAUCACGACAGUGGAUAAUUACCAGGGCGAAGAGAAUGACAUCAUUAUUUUAUCGCUGGUUCGCAAUAACGCAAUCAAAUCGGUCGGAUUCUUGAAGACGCCUAAUCGAGUGUGUGUCGCCCUCUCUCGUGCUCGUCACGGACUUUUCAUCCUGGGCAAUAUCCGGCUGCUGGCCGGCUCUGGCAGUAAACUGUGGAUUCACGUACAAAAAAUUAUGAUUGCAAACGGUGAACUCUCGAAUGAAUUAACUCUUCGAUGCGAUCGUCACAAUCAACAAAUUGUUAAAGUGAAACAGCCGGAAAAUUUCCCCAUGUGCGGGAUUGUAUGCAAAUUGAAAUGCGGUGCUAUACUUGAUUGCGGCCAUCCUUGCCAAUUGCCAUGUCGCAAUCAGUGCCAUCAUUCCGUGGCAUUGUGCCAGUACGUUGAAGAAACGUUAUUACCAUGCGGCCAUUCCAUCAAGAUCCCCUGUACCAUCAACAACAACAACAGAUUGCCCAACGAUGAAGCAACAGGGACAACUUGUGUGGCCGAUGGAUGUCGUUUGAUUUCUAAAGUCAACAUUCAAGUCGAAAUUACUAAAUUGCUAGUCAAGUACUCGUCGGAUGAAAAUCUAUUGAAUGCGGCCAAUUCGCUAUUGAAAGGCAAAAGCAUCGAUGAGCAAUGGAAAAUCUAUCAACGCAUGUAUUACCUCUGUUUAUCAGCUACCUUUGGAAAAGACCUGGUAACUAGUUAUUCUUAUACAACCGAAGAUCGCAUGUCGAGCCAAGUUAAAUUGAACAAAGACUGGGCAGAUGAUUUGAGGGACAGUUAUAAAGCUGUUCAAGACAAGAGCUUGGAAAUGCAAUCAUUGGCAGUUUCCCAGAGAAGGUGGAGCAUUCAAUACCUGACGGAUGCCUUGUUCCAAUGGCGACGUCUCGAUCUACUCCGUCAAUGUUUGACCAUGUUGAGCGUUGAGCCGCAGUCUUCCAUAGGCACUGGAUGCCGAACAUUGCUGGAAGAAGCAAAAAUCCUUUUGCAAAAUGAAGAAUUAGGCAAGUGGACUACAAGUCAAGAGGAUGACGCUUAUGCCCUUUUGAAACUAGUGGCGGCCAUAAUGAGGUUUGAUCUAACCCAUCCGAGUUCUGGGAUCUUAUUGGGACCGCUCUUUAUCCAGCCGCAACUGCCAGACGAUUGUCUCGCAUCGUUCCAAAAUUUGAGUUUGUGAUAUUUUUUCUCCAUUUUUAUAGUUAUGCCAUUAAUAUUGAACGACAAAGAUAUAUCGUCCAAUCAUUCUCGUACAAAUGGAAGAACCUUCAGAGAUGAGGUACAUUUAAAAAGAUUCAGAAUUACGUGUUAGUUGUGAAUCAUUUUAAAAUGUACGCAACAGAUGGUUGUUAUUAUUUGUUGGUCUUUUGAAAGCGGAAGUUGUCCAACCGCAAACCAACUUUCUUUUUUUCCCUUUGUAAGGCCAAAUUUAUCGAAGGCGGCCUACGUACUUGUGCGUUUUAACAUUAAGAUCGUUUUCUGGUACACAAUUUGAUGUCUAAUGGAACUGCCCGUAACGAAUGUAAAGAAAAAAAAAUGCGAUGAAAAAGAUUC